AUGACUUCAAUCAAAAUAUACAAUCCUGAUCAUAAAACCCAUCGUGUCCCGAACGUGUUUGGAUUUACUUGCUCAAGUUCGUCGUGUUACCUAAUAUAUCCUACAAGUAACAAUGGUUGGGAAUACCAAGAUCCAAACGGAGACAUUAUUAAUGCAAAUGAUAAUGUUUAUGACUCACCGAGCUGCUAUAAAUAUAUAAAAUUAAGCAACAAAAACGGAGCGUGUAUUGAUGCUCAGAAUGAAUGCGAAAAAGCGGGCGGCGGCACCACAGUAAUAAACAGCAUUGAGGAAUACGAGCAGUUGACAGAAAACGUGCUUCAAAUUCUAAAUUUCGGAGAAGAUAGUACAUUCAGUGUGUAUGUACAAAACCUCCAACUAGAUGGAAUAAGUAAAGGGUGCGCAAAAAUUAAAAUAGAGGAUGGAGUGUUCAACGAUGUAGACAUUGCAAACACUGAAUGCACUACAAGUCAUUUGAUAGACGCUAUUGUUUGCGAGUCCACGGACGUGAAUGUGGAAAUAUGUCUAAACGUGUCAACAAACAGAGCAAUGCAAACUAAUCCAACACCGGAACUUCCGACAACAGAAGCGGUAACAGAAGAGAGUACCAACUUGGUUGCUAUUGCAGCGCCAAUUGUUGUGAUCACAAUCCUAAUCAUUUUACUAAGUUUCCUGUUUAUCAGACGCAGAACGCGAAGAAAACAACCAGGAAAUGACGAACCUGUAGACAAAGUUGAAUACAAUGUUGAAGACGCAUCCUUACAAAAGAAUAACGGUAGAGAUCUGAAGCAGGGUACUACUACAAAUGAAGCUGUGUACGAGGUAAUAAUAGAUGAAGUCGAACACCAUGGUACUGCAGUUGAAGUCGAAUAUAAUGAUACCACAGUUGAAGAUGACUAUAACGAUACUGCAGUUGAAAUCGAAUACCACGAAACCUCAAUUGAAGUGGUAUACCAGAAUUCUAGCGUUGACAGAAGCAAACGGAAUAAAAGAGGUAAAGGAAUUACAAAUACAAAAUAAAGUUGGUGCUCAUCAGACUUGUUCAUCAGGUACCGUAGUCUUUAACCAUGACGUCACAAUGGCUGGACCUCCAGUUGAAUAUGACUCUGUCGACGAUAUUGGCCUUCCGUCACAUGAAGGAACAUACGCACGAAUACAUUUAAACAUUGGAUCACGAGUCCUGUAGUACAUCACUUUACAAUAAAGAUAAUAAAUUAAACAAUAAAAGCGAAAACGAUACUGAAAUGACGAUGUAAUUUAGGUAGGCCUCUUACAACAAACGCGUGAUCUAAAACUAAUUGCGGAAGAAACUUAAAUGAAACAGUAGGCCUAGGCCAAUCAACUUCUAAUAUUACAUGAAUGUGUAUUAGCAGAAACAUACCUCUUAUCAAAAAUUACCAGGACACCAUCGUGUAUUAUUCCACGCUGCGACACGGCAUACAACAGUCCGGGACAAAUUUUGAAUUUAUAAGAUCUGUCUAAAUUCCACAUUAGUGACGCAGAAUGCAGCAGUGGGCGAAAUGUAUUUUGGUUUUUGCUUGGAAAAUGACAAUGGUUGGUGCAAUAUGCCCUUCGUAAGUACUGUAAUGUAUAUCAAUGUAUUUAUAGGCAUAUUAGGCGUAACACUAAUUCGUUUAAAACUGGGCUGGAAGUUGUCAUGUUGCCGCUUGUCUUGUAUUUAUUACAUUAUUAAAUAAACUGAUUAUCAUUUGAAAAUCAAAGGGAAUAUAUUUCUUGUUGGGGAAUAAACUAAAAAUAUGAUAGCUUUAAGAUUAACAAGUAUUUUAUUUUGUUAUGCAAACUGGAAUAAAGUUUGUCUGCUCGAUGAGUGAUUUUUCAACAUUCAACACCAAAAAUUAUGGCAUUUGCAAGAAAAGAAAAGUAUUGAUACAUUACGCUAUGAAGUUACUUGUUCUUUUGGGAAAUGUUUCUAUAAUAUUUGGAUUUGAAAAAAUUGCUCACGUUGAAAAACGUUAUUUAAGUAUUACAAUGUAUUAUAUUUAUCCCGGUUUAAAUGAGCAAUAUUAAUAGUAAUACUAAAUACUAAAGCAAAAUGUUAUGAUCCUAAUUUGUAUCUUAGGCUGAUGCAUUGUGAUAUCUACCUUGCUUAAAAGAUAGAGUGAAGAAUUGAACGGACUCUGAAAAAUCUUUUCUGACAAU